ACUUCCACGGCGGAUACACAUCACGUUGAUCGUUAUAUCGAUCUAUUAUUGCGUACGGAGAAUAUUAUACGGAGUAUAUAUAAUAAAAUAACAUAUUCCUCUCUUUUUUCUUCGAAAUGAAUACAUACUCCAUACAUUCCAUUCGAUCAUCCCCUCUCUUUGCGUAUACGUGAUGUCCUGGACUGCGGCGCGCCCAUUUCCUCUCAGCUAGCUCGCUUAUAUUUUCUGGGAAAGCUGUUUCCUUUACCCCUUUGGAGACGUAAGCUUUGUAUUUAGAUUUUAGCACCACUAUUUCGGAUUACGCUUCCUCAAUCAUGCACCCAUUUGGACAUCGAUUUCGUGUAGGAAUUGGGGAUUUUGAUUGUUUGAUUGGUGGGAAUUCCCGAUAAGCCCUUCCUUUUCCAACUUUCCUUCUGGUUUGGUUUGCUGGCAAUUCAAUUGGAAUGCCAGAGAUCAGAGUGGAAGGGUAGCCUGGUGGUGACCUCUUUGCUUGCUUCUUGUUGAUGAUUUCCGGGUCAAAUUUAAUGUUCCUCUUCUUCUCAGCAAUCUGAGCUUAAUCUACGCCGAGAAUAAUAUAUACAAAAGGUUAGUUAGAUUUUCUUCUUAAUGCCUUCUUAAACUAAAGAUUUCUGCUUAGGAGAAGCGGAUAAUGUGAUAAGCAUUUCUUAAUCGUGACUAGUUUCUGCCAGUUGGUUGGAAAUUGGAAUCCUUACUGUAGACUGUUUGUUAUGUUGCUUAUUACGUACUCAGUAGUAUAAUAUUUUAGUAUCUUCGCCUUGGAGAACCUCCACUAAUCCAAUUUUUGCUAAAUUAUGCUUAUAAGUCAUUUUUGUCUGUUCAAUAAGCAUACCCUCCAUCCAAACAACAUUUUUCUAUAUCCAUCUAGAUUAAGUUCACUAGGUAUAAUUUAAUUCAUUCCAUCCAAACGGACUGCUGCAAUAAAGGGAAGCAUAUACUAUUAUGAGCAUUUCUUAAUUAUGACCUGUUUAUGUCAAAUGUUAUGGUUGGAAUCUCCAUUUGUUAUGUUGCUUGUUAUCAAGUUCUUUGUAUUCAUUGUGUUUCUCUCUAGAUAGAUAAACCCCUAAGGCCCUAAGAUUGAUCCUUUUUGUGUUCAGGUAAUAAUGGAUAUUAGCAACGAGGCUAGUCUUGAGUUUUCCAAAAUCGGACCAUACACUAUUGUGGGUCGAAUAAUUGCUUUCAGAAUCUUGUUCUGCAAGUCACUUUCACAAUUGAGGUUUCAGAUUUAUCACUUCUUGCUCCACUACUUGACUAAGCUCAAGAAUCAUUACUUAACACCUUUGCUAUCAUGGUUUCAUCCCCGGCACCCUCAAGGAAUAUUAGCAUUAGUAACACUCAUUGCGUUCUUAUUGAAACGGUAUACUAACAUAAAAGUGAAAGCUGAGAUGGCAUAUAGAAGGAAGUUUUGGAGGAACAUGAUGGAAUCUGCACUUACCUAUGAAGAAUGGGCUCAUGCUGCUAAGAUGUUAGAAAGAGAGACUCUUAAAGUGAGAGAAUCAGACCUUUAUGAUGUAGAACUUGUUAUGAAUAAACUUCAAGAGCUUCAGCAUCGUCGCAGAGAAGGUUCUCUUAGAGACAUUAUGUUCUGUAUGAGAGCUGAUCUGGUCAGAAACCUUGGAAACAUGUGUAACCCUAAACUACAUAAAGGAAGGCUACACGUUCCAAAACUUAUUAAGGAAUAUAUUGACGAAGUCUCAACUCAGUUAAAAAUGGUUUGUGAUUCUGAUUCGGAGGAACUUUUGUUGGAGGAGAAGUUAGCUUUUAUGCAUGAAACAAGACACGCCUUUGGCAGGACCGCUUUACUUCUAAGUGGGGGGGCUUCCCUUGGUUCUUUUCAUGUCGGUGUGGCCAAAACGUUGGUCGAACACAAGCUUCUACCUCGCAUAAUUGCAGGCUCCAGUGUUGGGUCCAUAAUAUGUUCGAUCAUAGCGACCAAAUCUUGGCCUGAGCUCCAAAGUUUCUUUGAGGAUUCUUGGCGCUCCCUACAGUUCUUUGACCAAAUGGGUGGGAUCUUUACAGUUUUCAGGAGGGUGAUGACACAUGGCGCUGUUCAUGAGAUCAGACAGUUACAGUGGAUGUUACGACACCUCACUAAUAAUUUGACUUUUCAAGAAGCCUAUGAUAUGACAGGUCGGAUUUUGAGCAUUACUGUUUGUUCCCCGAGGAAGCAUGAACCUCCUAGGUGUUUAAAUUACUUGACUUCGCCUCAUGUUGUUAUAUGGAGCGCAGUUACUGCUUCUUGUGCAUUUCCUGGGCUUUUUGAGGCCCAAGAGCUUAUGGCUAAAGAUAGGAAUGGAGAUAUUGUCCCUUAUCAUCCCCCGUUUCAUUUGGGGCCCGAUGAGGCUUCUGGUGGUGGUGGUGCUCGUAGAUGGAGGGAUGGUAGUUUGGAGAUUGAUUUGCCUAUGAUGCAGUUGAAGGAGUUGUUCAAUGUUAAUCACUUCAUUGUGAGUCAAGCUAACCCACAUAUUGCUCCUUUACUGAGAUUGAAGGAAUUUGUGAGAGCUCAUGGUGGCCACUUUGCUGCCAAGCUUGCUCAUCUAGUAGAGAUGGAGGUCAAGCACAGAUGCAAUCAGGUACUGGAACUUGGAUUUCCUCUAGGAGGUCUAGCCAAGCUGUUUGCUCAAGAAUGGGAGGGUGAUGUCACUAUCGUGAUGCCUGCUACUCUUGCUCAGUAUUCAAAAAUAAUACAAAACCCAUCAACUGUGGAGCUCCAGAAGGCGGCAAACCAAGGAAGGAGAUGUACAUGGGAGAAGCUCUCAGCUAUAAAGGCAAACUGUGGCAUUGAGAUUUCUCUUGACGAGUCGGUUGCCAUACUCAACCACAUGCGUAGACUCAAAAGGAGCGCAGAGAGAGCUUCAGCUGCUUCAGCCUCUUCCCCUCAUGGUUUGACAACCACUGUCCAGAGAUUCAAUGGUUCUCGAAGGAUCCCUUCUUGGAACUGCAUCGCUCGCGAGAACUCAACAGGGUCUCUUGACGAGUACCUACCUUCUCUUCCUGCAGCCCAUGGUGGUCCAACAGAUGCUCAUCCCCAGGGAACUCAAAGUCGGUGCAGUGACAGUGAAUCAGAAAGUGAUCUUACUUCCUGGACGAGGGCAGGCGGCCCGUUGAUGAGGACGACAUCAGCAGAUAAGUUUGUAGAGUAUGUCCAGAACUUGGAUACCAUCGCGGCCCCAAGGUUGAACCAAGAGGUGAUGACAGGCAGCCGAGGAGGAAUAUUCUCCCCUGGUCUUAGGGUGAACACACCAGAUUCUAGCAGCAGCGUCUUGGUGGUGGGAGAAGGUGACCUGCUGCAGGCUGAGAGGAUGCAUAAUGGGAUCGUGUUUAACGUUGUGAAGAAAGAAGAUUUGACGUCUACAUCAUCAAAUAGUUCGUCUUCUGGUGCGGUACAUAAUAAUGACUUUGUAGCACCUGAGGAAUGUGUGCAACUUGAUAGUCUAGGAAAAGAAAUGGAUGCUACUAGCUCUGCCUCUGAUGAUGAUGCUGAUAAUGACAUUACCAGAGUGGGCGAGAAAUAUGGUAAUUAACUAAACCAUGUUUCAGAUUUAGUAAGGCAGUAGUUGCUUGUCACUUACAGUCAUCCCGAUCACUUAUAUGGUCAAUUUCCUUGUAAUUUUCAAUCAAUUUUCACAGGAUAAGUGGCAGGGAAUGUCAAAAAAUGGAAAGAAAUCGUAAUGGUGCAACCAAAGUGAAAACGGAAAGUUAUGAAUAAAAAAUGAGUCCUUAAAAAACAAACGAGGAUGGCCUAAUAGUAAUGGGACCAAAAUGGAAUGUUUUCUUAUAUUCUUGACAUGAGAGCACCAAAACUGAGCUGGGUCCGAUGCUUGUCAUCACAUGUUUGAUUGAGGCCGUCAAAUCAAAGAUCAGACAGACGUUUCUAUGUGAAGGUAGUUUAGUGGGGUUGGCCGCAGCGUAACCGUCCGAUCAUAAUCUGAUGGCCUCGAUGAAGACACGCAUAUGGUGCUUAUCCCAAAGACAGGGUUCCAGACCGUGUACCCAAUCCUACAAGGGUACUACAUGGGCCUUAAUUUGAUUCUUCUAUAAGAGCUGCUUCUUGUACAGUUGAAUAUACUCUGACUCUCUUUCGUUCUAUGUAUAUAUCAAAAAUGAAUGUUUAAGUUUGAUAACUGGUUCUUUUUAUCUUUCUUCUUGUGGUUCUCAUGAUGAUAUUUUAUAAUUAUUACUCCAUUAUUAAUUUGUUAUCAAUAAUCAUUACACCUC